CCACAACUAGUCAAGAUGGCGACGUCACACAACGUCUAUCUAUGAUGCUCUCCUCCCACUUCUUCGCCUUCCUUAAAAGUGUGCGGAAGAAGAGGGGGAGGAGUAAAGUGCGCGGCUCUUGGUUACUUUCACACGCAAUAUAUGAAUACAUACAUACCAGAGCUCAUUACAUAAAACAGGAAAGCAACUGUGGGGAAAUAAAUGACAUCACUUGGGUUGUCAUUGGACUUACAUGGAAGCUUAUUUUUAAGGCGCGAACGCCGUCAAUGCGUCUUUGGUUGGGCUGUGAGAACUUGACAGGUGUUGCAGCUGAACGAGAACAUGUCCAAUGGGAAAGACGCAAAUGCUGCCCAAAACAACUCCAUCCAGAUGACCCUAAAAGAGAGCCUGGAUGAGUGCAUGGAGGCCCUGGAUCUUUUCCUGAACAACCGCUUCAAUGAGAGUCUGGAGUUGCUUCGGUCAAAAGUGGAUGAGAGUAUGUACCAUGCGCUUAUCUAUGCCACCGUGCUGGAAAUGCAGGCCAUGAUGACUUUCCAGCAUGAAGACAUCAGCAGUGCAGGAGCUACAAUGAAGACUGCACAGGAGCUCUGCCAGAGGUUUCGGCGGAAAUCCCAGAGUUUAGUAAACAAGUCAGCAGGAGAGCCACUCACUGAAGAGCAGCUCCACGCUGAAGUGUGCUUUGCAGAAUGCCAACUCCAAAGAGCUGCCCUCACCUUCCUACAGGAUGAGAAUAUGGUGAGUUUUAUCAAAGGUGGGAUCAAAGUACGAAACAGUUACCUGAUUUACAAAGACUUGCACUCCUACGUCAAAUCUCAAUCCUGUCUCAAAGGGCCCAGCCACGUUCACUUAGAGGGUGGGAUCUCUUUUGGAAUCGGGGCAUUUAAUCUGACACUUUCAUUAUUCCCUCCUCGAAUAUUAAAGGUUUUGGAGUUUGCAGGCUUCUCUGGAGACAAGGAUUACGGUUUGUCCCUGCUGGAUAAUGGUGCCAGGGCACUGAAUCUACGCUCCAUGCUGUGUGCUCUGCUACUACUUUGCUAUUACACCUUUCUCACAUUCAUAUUAGGAACAGGAGAAAUACAUGCGGUAGAAGCUGAAAAGUUGCUGAAAAUAUUCAGGAUUCGCUAUCCGCAGGGAGCAAUAUUCCUCUUCUUUGCUGGCAGAACAGAAGAGAUGAAAGGAAACAUCGAUGAGGCGGUGGUAUUAUUUGAAGAUGGCUGCAAGGCCCAGCAGGCGUGGAAGCAGUUCCACCACAUGUGCUACUGGGAGCUGAUGUGGUGCUUCACCUAUAAGCGAGCCUGGAAGAUGGCCUACUUCUACGCAGACCUGCUGAGCAAGGAGAGCCGGUGGUCCAAGGCUAUGUACAUAUACAUGAAAGCGGCUUACCUCAGCAUGCUGCCCAAGGAAGAGGAAAGGCCCUUUGGCGAGGAUGAGGUGGAGCUUUUUAGACAAGUACCUACCUUCAAACAGAAGAUAGCAGGGAAAUCUCCCCCCACUGAGAAGUUUGCUAUCCGAAAAGCUCGCCGCUACAAAGCCCACUGCCCAGUCAGGCUAACAGUGCCAGUGCUGGAGAUGAUGUACAUGUGGAACGGUUUUAGUAUGAUCAGAAAUCGACCGGAGCUAACUGAAGGCAUUAUGCAGACUCUCGUGGAGGCUGAACGCACCUUGUUGGAGUCUCCAGAAACUGAGUUUUUAAUGGAUGACCGUUGCGUCAUCCACCUGCUGAAGGGAAUGUGUUUGAAAAACCAGGGUCUCAUCCAGGGUGCUGAGGAAUGCUUUCAUAAAGUGUGUUCUAGUGAGAAGAAGCUCAGGUUCGACCACUACCUCAUUCCCAACUCCAUGGUGGAGCUCAGUUUACUCUACAUUGACCAGGGCCGAGGGGACGAAGCCAUCAAACUACUGCGCAAGGCCAAACACAGCUACAAAGAGUACUCCAUGGAAUCUCGUACACAGUUCAGGAUACACGCUGCUCUGGCCAAAUUGAAGGCUGGCUCUGUUGACGGAGAGGAAGCUCAUCUGUCAGGAGAUCUUUGAUCAACGGAGAUGCUCUUGAACUCAACACCACCAACUCACACAGUUUUUGCUGAUGCCCAGUUUUUAACUGUCAAGUAAAUACAGAGCUAAUGUUCAGGUUUGCCUUUUUCAACCAGUUGGCACACUCUUGUCUGAUCAAGGUGAGGCCCCGAGUGGUUUGUCAUUGUAGGAAAGUGUUACAUUUUCAAUAGGACUUCACUUGAUUUUGUAAAAAACUGGAUUGUGUAUUGUGUAGAAUACAUUUCAUGUAUGAACAAUGUUUACAAAAUCUAAAUCAGCAGCUGAUUAAAGCCACUCUAAAUUAUAUUUUUAGUCAGUUUAUAUGUUGUAAUGUGAAGAUUAUGGUGUCACAAGAACUCAAAAUUGCAGUCAGAAACCAGUUUUGAUGUAUGAAUUGCAACAUCACGCCUCUAACGCACAAUAUACUUUCAAAACAUUUCUGACCAUGACAAGGAGAAUCAAUGCAGAAAAUAACUUAUUCAAGAAAUGUGAGACUUUGUAAUUCCAGAUGGCAUUAGA